AUCAAGUUUGAGGAAGGUAUCAUUGGGACGCCACAGUUGACAGACUCCAUUGUUUUACCAGAAAAUGUUGAAUUUUUAGGACAGAAAAUCGACCUGACUCCUUUUAAAGGCUUGGUCACAUCGGUCCAAGAUACAGCUUCGAAUGUUGCAAAGACCAUUUCGAACCAAGGCCCGUUAAAGUUCUCUAUCUCCCAAACGAAUGCGGAAUCGUGGUUAUUAACAACUUACCUCGAUGAAGAACUUCGGAUCUCGAGGGGAGAUGGUGGCAGCGUCUUCGUUCUACUCAAGGAAGGCUCUCCCCUACUAUUACCUUAA